CUGGAAGCUGAAGCUGUGCCUGAAGUAUCUGAAAAAUACGGAAUUAGUUCUGUUCCAACGUUCCUAUUCUUUAAGAAUUCCCAGAAAGUUGACAGACUAGAUGGUGCCCAUGCCCCAGAGCUGACCAAAAAAGUGCAGCGCCACGCGUCCAGCAGCGCCGUUCCUGCCGGCUCCAACGCCAGUGCCAGAGAAGAUCUGAAUGUGCGUCUGAAGCAGCUCAUCAAUGCUGCCCCUUGCAUGCUCUUCAUGAAAGGGUCUCCGAAGGAACCUCGCUGUGGUUUCAGCAAACAAAUGGUGGAGAUACUGAACAAACAUGGGAUUUCAUUUAGCAGUUUUGAUAUUUUUUCUGAUGAAGAAGUUCGUCAGGGGCUCAAAACAUACUCUAAUUGGCCAACUUACCCGCAGUUGUAUGUAGCUGGAGAGCUUAUAGGUGGAGUUGAUAUUGUCAAGGAACUUGAGGCGUCUGGAGAACUGGACACAGUCUGUCCGAAGGCACAGAAAUUGGAGGACAGGCUUAAAAUGUUGAUAAACAAAGCUCCUGUGAUGCUUUUUAUGAAGGGAAGCAAACAGGUGGCAAAAUGUGGAUUCAGCAAGCAAAUUAUAGAAAUCAUGAAUAAUACUGGCAUUGAUUAUGAGACGUUUGACAUACUGGAAGACGAAGAGGUGCGGCAAGGAUUAAAAACCUAUUCCGACUGGCCGACGUACCCCCAGCUGUAUGUGAAAGGUGAACUUGUUGGAGGGCUGGAUAUUGUUAAGGAGCUGAAGCAAAAUGGUGAAUUGUUGCCUGUUCUGAAGGGUGAAAAUUAA